GUGAAGUUAGCUUAGUUUGAACUAGACAAUUUCAAAACAAAUUAAGUGAACUUUGUAUCCUGUUAUCCUGUUAUCCUGUUAUCCUGUUAUCCUGUUAUCCUGUAAUCCUAGUUUUCCACAACAAUAUCUAGUUAUCAGGUUAUUUUCCUACUAGCAGUACAGCAUCUGGUGACUAAAAGAAGAUCAGCGGACAACAUUAGCUCAUAUAAAUCUUAAAAAAUGGCGCAUGUUCUAAUCCGACCCUACAAAUAUGAGGAUGAAAGAGAGGUGCAGAAGUUGGUCCAGAAUUCCUGCCUGGAGCAGGUCAACCCAGUUUACCUGGGGGCAUUCUUUCGUGAGUCCACAAUCCAGGUACUCCUUGUUUUCUGCGCACUGAGUUUUAUAUUCUGUGGAGUUCCUCUGUAUUUGUGCUGGGUCAUAUUCCCAGUAGCAGCAGUACUCCUCUACCCAGUUGUUUAUCUUGGUUUCUGGCAUUGGCUUGCUACACAAGCAAAAGAUCUUGAUAAUAUUGAUGAGAAUUAUGGAUCCAAUCCUAAAGCUUGUUUCUGGAUUGCAGAACUUAUCUCUGAGGAGAUGGCCAACAAUUGCAGAACUUCCGAAAAAGUUUUAUUUUUAAAAAAUGUUAAAGCAUUUUCCAAGCCUGAAAUAAUCGCCGUCUGUGCUGUGUACGUGAAAACAGACAAAAAUAUGCAAGAGCCUCCAAAUACAGUAGGUGUUGUUGGCAGGUUUGCUGUUAAAAAAGAUUUUCAGAGGUUUGGUUUGGCCGGAGAAAUGUUUGCAGUUUUGUGGAACCAUUCCCUUUAUUUAUUCAGGGCUUUGGAAGUUGACAUAUCUGAACACCAGGUUAUUGCCAGAAAUUUUUUCGAGAAGCGAGAUUUCACAUUCCUUCACCAGACUGACUGCUCAGCUGUUCCUCUGCUUUUCAAUUAUCGUAUCCAGCGCAUGCGCCGCGCUUGUAUCCUUAACUCCAUGGAAGACGAUUUGAAGGAAACCAUAAUUCAAAAAUAAAGGCUUCCGAGUUGGUACUUAUUUAUUGUUAUUGUGCAUUUGAGCAUUUAUUUAUUGUAUAGUUUAAUAAUUGAUAAAGUUUUAACAUUUUUUAUAAAUAUUAAGUUAUUAACUUUUGCAAGCUAUUUGCACUAAUAUAACUUACUUUAACUAAUGCUGCCUCGAAAGAUUCAAAGCUUUAAAAAUGUAGAAUAACAAGAUCUUGUUUCCUCAGAGUUUUGUUACAUGAAUUAAAAUUAUGUAAUAUUUCAUUGUUUAGUCAAAAAUUAUGAUGCCAUCAAGUAAUUAGUAUAGCUGAAAUUAACAAACAGCGAAAUAGAUGCAAGUUUAUUUGAUAUUUAUUUUAUUUUGUGAAGUAUUAAAAUAAAAAAUUUUCUUCCUGUUCCAGAAAGAACUGAUAUUUGUUGCUUUAAGCCUG